AUGCAACCAAUAGUUGGGGCUUACGCGGAUAAAUCAACGUCAAGAUACGGCAGGCGAAGACCUUAUAUGGUCGGGGGUGCCAUAGUCACAGGUGGCGGAUUGCUGCUGCUGGGCUGGACAUCUGAAGUUGUGGGCUUCUUCCUACCCGAAGGCGACAUGAAGAAGACCAUGACCAUCCUGGUCGCCGUCAUGUGCAUUUAUACCCUCGAUUUUUCAAUCAAUGCAGUCCAGGCGUGUUGUCGCAGCUUGAUUGUCGAUACAUUACCGGUCUCGCAGCAACAAUCUGGAUCUGCGUGGGCAUCGAGGCUGGUCGCAGCAGGCCAUCUAGCCAGCUACUUCGUCGGCACUUUUGAUCUGGUUGCGAUGUUCCCACCUUGGAUGGGAGGUGAUACUCAAUUCAAGAAAAUGACGGUUAUUGCAACAUUGAUUUUAUGGUCCACAGUGGGCAUAAGCUGUUGGGCUGUUACAGAGAGAGUGAGGUUGCCUAGCGAGGGCGACCAUACCUCGGUGAAAGAGGUACUCUUAGGUCUUGCGCGGAAGACAUUUGACCUCCCUACACGCAUACGCGCUAUAUGCUGGGUACAAUUCUGGAACUGGGUUGGAUGGUUUCCCUUCCUGUUCUACUCAAGCACAUUCGUCGGGGAAAUCCACUAUCGCUACGAGGCUCCUGCUCGCGAACUGGGUGUCGAGGAUGAACAAGACGCUCUGGGGAAUGUCGGCCGGAUAGGUAGCCUCGCAUUGGUGUUUUUCUCCUUGACCACCUUCUGUGCGUCGGUCAUAUUCCCAUUCCUCAUCAAGUCACCAGAAGCACCCGAUACGAAAUUUACCCCUAGGCCCCCUGCUUCGAUUCCCAAAUUUUUCCAAAAGAUUUUGGCGGCGGCAUACGACAUUCGACCCGAUCUGAUAUCGGCGUGGAGUUUAUCGAAUCUUUCCUUUGCCAUCAUCACGAUAUUUGCCCCAUGGGUCCGGACACUUUCUUCUGCAAGCUUCCUGGUAGCUGCUUGUGGCGUACCGUGGGCCAUAUCGUGUUGGGCACCAUUUGGCCUGCUGGGUAUCGAAAUCAAUAAGAUGUCUUCCGGAUCUCCUACCAAUAUCAGUGGUUCAACUGUGCCUGGUUAUACGGCUGUCCGUGGCAGCAUCGAUGGGAACUACGGUGUCGAGAUGGAAAUCGCGCGACAACAUCGCAGGACCUUUUCCGAGGAUGUGCUGCGACUCAAUCAUCCCGAUGAAGGUGACGCCCAUUCCUCAACAGGAGAGCUUGCGGGCGUCUACCUGGGUGUGCUGAAUGUAUAUACAACGCUGCCACAAUUUGUCGGGACGUUUGUCAGUUGGAUUGUCUUCUCGAUCCUAGAACCAAGCCAGCAUUCUCCAGUCGCUGAUGGGGUCUCCAACCAUGAUCGGUGGCUCACCCUGAAAAAGAACGCGCCAAAUGCAAUCGCCGUGUGUAUGUUCAUCGGAGCGUUGUGCUCCUUGAUCUCAGCAGAAGCUGCUAGACGGCUGAAGCAUUUGACUUGA